AGGGGGGGGGGAAUCAUGCAGCAUUUUAGGACUUUUGUGGAUUUCCAUUGAGAAACAACCCCCAAAAAAAGCACCAUCUAUAGGCUUUUUUUUCUUUUAGUUGUUAUCAUUUCUGCACUAAAAACAGCUCAGGUGGCUCUGUUUUCGCUCCCGAAAUGCUCCGCAUCCGCGUUUCCGUAUUAUCUCCGUCGCGUGUGACCACGAACCGGAGCUCGAAGUUCAUUGCGGUUCAAGUCGGGGUUCGACUACAUUCCCCAUGUUUCCCCGGGCGCCGGAACUGGAGGCACAAAGCGGAAGCAUGCGAAGGGUGAGCCGGCAAACCUGUGAGGAUGGUCCGCUGCUGGAGGAGCAGGAGACGGAGGGCCAGCGGCAGCUGCACAGCCUCCUGCUGCAGCAGCUCCACACUGACGUUGACAUCGACCGAUGUGUAGCCAAGAGGCAGUGCUUCGCCCCAGCAGCGCUCUACCGGCCGUUUGGGGAGCAGGCCGCCGGAGUUAGGAGCCUGUCCCAGUUCCAGGCCCUGCAGGACGGGGAGAGGGAGCUGGCCAGCCUGCGGGAGCUGGGCCUCACUGAAGCUGAGAUCCAGCUGUGGCAGAGCAGAGACGCACCAGAGGCAGCGGAGAAGUCCCAUGGAGUGUGCGCAGCUCCGGGGGCGAAGCAGCAGCGCCUGCAGGCGAUCAGAGACAAGAUUGAAGCCAGGGCAGAGCUCCUGUCCCGCCCACAGCGCUUCGCCACCAGCCGGCCACUGUCACGCCGGGAGAUGGAGAUUGAACGAGCGCUGUUCCAGGGAACGGACCGCCUGGGUUUCCUCACCGCGCUUUACCAUCGAGAUGAAGAUAAACAGGAGGACCAGCAGGGGGCAUCCUCCUCUGAUCCAAUGGACGCUCUCUAUAAAGACGUUCUCAGCAAGGAGAGACAGCAAGCUUCACUACAGGACUCUGAGGGAAAGACAGCUGCAGCACACAGCACCAAGCCGGGCACCGACCAAUCACAGAACUCACAGACAGACAAUGACCAAUCUGAAGACACGGCCGCGCGUCAAUCGGAAGCGCAGGGUGAAAAGAGAUCAUCGGGCGCGCCAGAGUCAAGUUCAGAUACGUCAGAGCAGCAGCACAGUCAGGACCUACAGGGCCGAACACGACUGGCCGCUCCAACAAAGAUAGAAAUAAGCCAGCCAAUCGGCAGUCUGCGUGGAGCGGUGAAGGCGGGGUCAGGGGGGCCGCUGACUGUCAGAGGGGAGAUUGAGACAAUUACAGACGAGGAAAUCCUGCAGAACCGUGAAUCCGAGGAAGGGAUCCGGACAAUCCCGAGGUUCCGAAACUACCAGCCGGGAAAACCCUCCAAGGUGCUGUGUGUGAAGAACCUGAGUGUGCAGGCGUCGGUGGCCCAGCUGGUGGCGCUGUUCUCCAGGUUCGAGCCGGAGACCGGGCCCCCAGUCAUCUACCGCCUGCUGACUGGAAGGAUGAAGGGUCAGGCCUUCAUCGCUCUGCCAGAUGCUGAAACGGCCCAGAAAGCCUUGCUGUUGGUCCAUGGAUACCGGUUGCUAGGGAAACCUUUGGUGGUUGAGUUUGGCCGUGAGCGACAGGAAGAGGAGAAACAGAAGGAGAAGGAGGUGCAGGAAGAAAAGAAAUGAAAAACAAAAACAUGUUUAUUCAGAGCAGCAAGGUGGAUCCUCCAGAGCUGUGAAUAACAGGCGGAGACGAAUGUUAUUGUAUGUUAUUUAUUUUUUUCUGAAUAUAAAGUGGUCAUCUUUGCCAGUUUCAUAUUAAUAAAUGUCUGUUUUACAUGUUUUA